AUAUGGUUGCAGUUGUGGAUCCCCACUCAGUCCUCUGAUCGUCCCUUUCCUUUCGAUCAUCUCUCUCUAUAUAUAUAUAUAUAUACAUCGAGAUAUCUGUAUCUAUUUCUCUCCAUUUCCGUCUAUCAUAAGCUCAGAUUCGGGGAGUGGUUUGAUAUUGUUUUCUAUAAAGGGUUUAUCUGCUUAUCAGCUGUUCCUAUUAGAUUGAGUUGAUUUAAAAUAGUGCAAUGAUAGGGAAGAAGCAUAUGUCUCGUGCUUCUCCAGUGUUUCUGGUUUUGAUAUCAUUGGGAUUCUUCCUUGCAACUUAUAAUUUGAUAACUAUGAUCAUGCACAACAUGGAAGCAAAUUCUGGGGAAGAUUUGAAUUGGUUUGAUUUUAACCCAGAUGGGUCUAGGCAGACUAAUCAAACACGAGCUCUUUACCAUGUUGCUCUUACAGCAACAGAUGCGGCUUACAGCCAAUGGCAGUGUCGAAUUAUGUAUUACUGGUAUAAGAAGGUUAAGGACAUGCCUGGAUCUGACAUGGGAGGGUUUACUAGGAUCUUGCACUCAGGGAGAUCUGAUCGUUUGAUGGAUGAGAUUCCAUCCUUUGUGGUUGAUCCACUUCCUAAUGGGCUUGAUCGGGGUUAUAUUGUGUUGAAUAGACCGUGGGCUUUUGUGCAAUGGCUAGAGAGAACUGUUAUUGAGGAAGAAUACAUUUUGAUGGCAGAACCUGAUCACCUAUUUGUAAACCCUCUACCUAACUUGGCACAUGGAGUUCAUCCAGCAGCUUUUCCAUUUUUCUACAUCAAACCAGUUGAAAACAAGGCAAUAGUUAGGAAAUAUUUUCCUGAAGAGAAGGGACCUAUCACUAAUGUUGAUCCUAUUGGCAAUUCUCCAGUAAUUAUCAAGAAGUCUAUUCUAGAGGAUAUAGCACCUACAUGGAUGAAUAUAUCUCUCAGAAUGAAAUACGACCCUGAAACCGACAAAGCUUUUGGAUGGGUACUUGAAAUGUAUGGUUAUGCGAUUGCAUCUGCACUGCAUGGUGUGCGACACAUUCUUCGUACAGACUUUAUGAUUCAGCCACCUUGGGAUUUGGAGGUUGGAAAGAAUUUUAUAAUUCAUUACACUUAUGGAUGUGAUUACAAUAUGAAGGGAAAACUAACUUAUGGAAAAAUUGGGGAAUGGCGUUUUGACAAGAGAUCUCAUCUUAGGAGACCUCCCCCGAGAAACAUCACCUUGCCUCCCCCUGGAGUUCCCGAAAGUGUGGUAAGACUUGUAAAGAUGGUGAACGAAGCUUCUGCUAACAUUCCUGGGUGGGACAAACUGUAGUGAACUGAAGACUGGAAGUAUCUUUUGGAGGUAUAAUAAUAUAGGUAGAAAAAUGGAAGUAACUGGGGAGAGUACAUAAUACAAAACAUAUACAGGUCUUUGAGCAGAAAAUUAGAUCAUAGGAAGAAGAAUGUUUACAUCAACAAAUCAAAAACUGAUGCUAUGGAAUUUUCAGUACUCAUCUACUCUCUUUGAUUUAACAUAACCAGAAUUUUGAGUUCAAUAUUGCUCGGAUAGUUUUAUUUUCAUUUUUAUAUAUUUAGUUAGAACAAUGACUUCUUUUUUCAUUAUUGAAGUAACACCAGAAUAGGUGUUCAUGUUUUGGAAGUUUAGGAGUUGUUUGAUACUUUUGGAAGGUCUGUUUAUCCCCUUCAGAGUGUUUUAAGGUUUUGUUUCAUGUUUAUGCAAUAUGUUAUUAUG